CUCCCGGCCGGGGCUGAGGCGGCGGCGGCGGCGGCGGCGGCGGCAUGGAGGCCACCCUGGAGCAGCACCUGGAGGACACCAUGAAGAACCCCUCCAUCGUGGGCGUCCUGUGCACGGACUCGCAAGGACUGAACCUGGGCUGCCGUGGGACCCUGUCCGAUGAGCAUGCUGGGGUGAUAUCUGUUCUAGCCCAGCAAGCAGCUAAGCUGACCUCAGACCCCACUGAUAUUCCUGUGGUGUGUCUAGAGUCAGAUAAUGGGAACAUUAUGAUCCAGAAGCAUGACGGCAUCACGGUAGCAGUGCACAAAAUGGCCUCUUGACGUCUCAUCAGUUCUCCAGCAGCCUGUCGUAGAGGCUCCAUCCUACCUACGUUGAUUAUCUUGUAGAACGACUAAAGUUCCAAUAGUUAGGCCAUUUAUUUAGUGUGCAUUGGGCACUUUUCUGUUAAUUUUAGAGUAAACUGCUUUUGGACACCCAAUGGACCGACUUAUCAGAACAUUAGUAAGAAAGGAUCAUGUUUUGAAGCAGCAUGUCCAGGUCACUUUGUACGUAGAGUUUUCUUAUGUUCAAUAAAUCUGGUCAGAGGAAAGCUUG